AUGGAGGAAGAACCUAAAUUCAAACUCCCAGAAAUUAUCGAUAACGAAAAUGGUUGGGGUCCUUCACCUCUCAUGUUGCCAGAAAAAUUCAGAGACAUUCCUUUUGCUCCUUAUAGCAAAGCUGAUAAAUUAGGAAGAAUAGCUGAUUGGUUUACACCAGAACAAAAAGAAAAGGAACAGACUGGUAGACAAAGAACAACUUAUCGUAGUUAUCGUGAUCAAUAUACGGCAUAUGGAUAUGGUGCAUCUAGUACUUUUGCAUAUACUCAUGCUGAUGACGAAGCAUCUUUUUCUGUUGUUGAUAAUCGAACCACACAUCAAAAAAAAUCUACUUCAUACAGAACUACUGGUGGUCAAGGACAACGUCAAUUCAGAAAUGGACAAUAUCAAAGACUUGGUACACAAAAUAGAAAUGCCACCGGCGGUAAAUUCACACCAGCAAAUAUUAGAAGGCGCUUUGGUUGGAAAGAUUAUGAUAAACCACAAAGAUCAAGAGAAUCUUCGGUUAAUGUUGGGCCUGAAUGGAAAGAACUUGAAGAAAUUGAAUUUAUUCGGUUAACUAAACUUAAUUUGGAUGUAGAUGAUGGCGAGGAUUUAUCUUCACAUGGAUUCAUGUAUUAUUAUGAUAAAAGCUAUGAUCUGGUUAGAACCAAAACUGAAAAACCAUUAUUAUCUAACGAGCGCAUUCGAUUUUUUACCACCACAUCCAAAGAUCCGAUUAUAGAACAACUGGCAAAAGAUAAUCAAGCAACAGUUUUUGCUACGGAUUCUAUUCUAAGUCUUCUUAUGUGUGCCCCAAGGUCUGUGUAUCCAUGGGACAUUGUAAUAAAUCGAGUUGGUGACAAACUUUUCUUUGACAAAAGAAAUAAUGAUAUUAUAACAGUAAAUGAAAAUGCAACUGAUCCACCUCUUGAAACAGGUGAUAAAGAUAAUAUAAAUUCUCCUAGUGCUUUAGCAUUGGAAGCAACAGAAAUCAAUAAUUUUUUUGCAUUACAAGUUGUUAACGAGGCUGAAAAACAUGAAUUUGAAAAUCCCAACCCAUUUAUUAAUUCCACGGAUGAAAUUGAAUACAUGGCACCAGGUGCAUAUAAAUAUAGACGGUUUGAUCUCAGUAUUAAUGAAGAGGAAGAUUUUGCAUUGAUUGUUAGAACUCAACUUGACUCAGUUGUCAAAACAUCAACUGGUGAUUCCUUUAUCACCAUAAAAGCUUUAAAUGAAUUUGACACACGUGCUCAAGGUGCAGGUGGUGCUUUAGAUUGGCGUCAAAAAUUAGAUACUCAGAGUGGUGCAGUUGUUGCUACUGAAAUGAAAAAUAAUAGUUGUAAAUUGGCAAGAUGGGCUGUUCAAAGUAUUUUGGCAAAAGCUGAUCAAAUGAAAUUAGGCUAUGUUUCUAGAGCAAAUCCUAAAGAUAAUACUCGACAUGUAAUCUUGGGGACUCAAGUUUACAAACCACGUGAUUUUGCCACUCAAAUGAACUUGUCUGUUUCCAAUGGAUGGGGAAUAGUUAGAACAAUCAUUGAUUUAUGUAUGAAAUUACCAGAAGGUAGAUAUGUAUUACUUAAGGAUCCUAACAAGCCUGCAAUAAGGCUAUAUUCUGUUCCAGUAAACUCUUUUGAG